GGCUCCACAACGAUGCAUCAUUGUCAUCUUUUAGAUGUAUUGGUAUCGCUUACGUGCUCGGUAUGACAAUGAUGUUCUUCGGAAUCACAGCAUUGGUUGCAUGCCUUGCCUUUAAUGUGUCAUUUCUUUACACCGUUUACGCCGUACUGGGUGCAUUGCUGUCAAUGUUAUACUUGGCAAUUGAUAUUCAGGUAUCUUAUCCCCAUUUCUCAAAUUUCAUUCCUUAAGC